AUGUACAGUGUUGAAGAAGAUGUGACUCCAGAGUUUUCCUGUGCAUCAUACAAUAAAGAAAGGGUCAAAAUCCGCUCCUCCUUCUUCGAUCUCAACAAUCUUCAGAAGCAAAGAGAAUGGAUAGCAAGACAUUUCAACGCAACAAUGACAGAUACAAAUGGACAAGCCAGAAAACAGAGGCAAUAUGGAAUGGUCUUGGAGAGUGCAUCAAAAAAGAAGUGGUUCCAGGAAAAGACGUGUGUCUCCAGCGCCAAACAAAAAUCCUAUACUAGAAGGAAGCUUUCAGAGUAUGGGACAUGUGAAUAUCAUAGGGGUACACAGAAUCAGAAGGAAGAUCUUGCAACCGACUACGCAAAUCGUAUCAAGGAGAAAAACACAGUGAGGGAGAAGAAGAAAAAAGCUAAGGAAAGAGCUAAGGAAAGAGCUAAGGAAAGAGCUAAGGAAAGAGCUAAAGAAAGAGCAAAGGAAAGAGCUAAGAAAAGAGCUAAGGAAAGAGCUAAGGAAAGAGCUAAGGAAAGAGCUUGUACAGAUCCAACCUUCAACGCUGCUGUUUUUGACCUACGGCAAGUCAUCUACAUCCCAAAUUCUGCCUGCUCUGAGCUUUUUUUACAAAUGUAG